AUGGAAGAGCUUCGAUUAUUAAAUGACUGGAAAGCGCAAAAGCUCUGGAAAUUGUUGGACAAAAAAUGGGAACUGGCUGAAUAUAAGAAACAAAAAGCUGGUGAACUGCUCAAUGUUCUCGUUAUAGGAGCAGGGCCAUGCGGUUUACGAUCGGCUAUUGAAUGUGCUUUGCUGGGAUGUCGAGUGGUUCUUGUGGAGCAACGAGAUCGCUUCAGCCGCAAUAACGUUUUGCAUCUUUGGGAAUUCGUUAUUCAAGACUUGAAGUCACUAGGAGCCAAAAUCUUCUAUCCUAAAUUCUGCACCGGUAGCAUAGAACAUAUUAGCAUACGUCAACUGCAGUGUAUACUUUUGAAGGCAGCACUUUGUUUCGGUGUUCAGAUUCAUGAUUCCGUUACAUUUGUGCAACUACUUUUUCCCAAGAAAAUUCAUAAUACUGUUACGGGUUUUCGAGCUAGCAUAGAGCCGAAAGGACAUAUCCUUGCUGAGUACGAUAUUGACGUCCUUAUAGGAGCUGAUGGAAAGCGAAAUACUAUACCAGGUGUGUUUCUUUUAGAAUUUCUCAUAGAGCCGAAAGGACAUAUCCUUGCUGACUACGAUAUUGACGUCCUUAUAGGAGCUGAUGGGAAGCGAAAUACUAUACCAGGAUUCCCCCGCGAGGAGAUGCGUGGGAAAUUAGCUAUUGGAAUAACAGCUAAUUUCGUUAACAACAAGACGCCUGCCGAGGAGAGGGUUCCCGAAAUAAGUGGUGUUGCGUACAUCUUCAACCAAGCAUUCUUCAAAGAAAUGUACGCUAAAACGGGAGUCGACCUAGAGAAUAUCGUUUACUAUAAGGACGACACUCAUUAUUUUGUAAUGUGCGCAAAGAAACAAAGCCUAUUGGAUAUGGGAGUCAUCCUCCAGGAUAAUGAUGAUGUAUCUAAGUUACUAUCCAGCGAAAACGUUGACCAAGAGGCGUUGUGUCGUUAUGCACAGGCUGCUGCCGAUUUCGCCACAAAUGGAAAAUUACCUGCCUUGAAUUUUGCCAAAAAUCAUCGUGGAAAUGAAGACGUAGCCAUGUUUGACUUCACCAGCCUCUAUUCAUCCAAAUGCUCCGUUCGUUUGGUAGAGCGAAUGAACAAAUGUCUUCUUAUGGGUAUUGUCGGUGAUUCGUUGCAUGAGCCGUUCUGGCCAACUGGAUCGGGCUGUGCUCGCGGAUUUCUGGGAGUCCUUGAUACGGCAUGGUUGAUUAGAGAGUACGGAUUAAAUAAGAGAGGUCCGCUUGAAAUGAUAGCAGAGCGGGAGAGUAUUUAUCGACUGUUGGCUCAGGUCACUAAGGAUAACAUGAAUAAAGCCAUGAACAAGUACACAAUUGAUCCGAGGACACGGUACGUGUCUUUGGAAUCAACUCUACAGCCCGAGGAUGUUGUUCAAAUUGUGAGCUCUGAUAAUCCCAGAUUAGGUAAGAUGCUGAAAAGUUGGCAACCACCUCAGCUUUAA